CUCUCUCUCUCUUUCUCUCCCUCUCCCUCUCGCACAGGUACAAACAAUUGGUCUGCAUUUGCAGAAAUGUCAAAAUUCGACUACCCACGGCUCCCCCGCCACGAAAUUGUCGGAAUCCUCGCCGAAUCCCAGAUUGCCACCGUCUCCGAAGCCGACAUCAUAAACCCUAACCCCGACUUCGUCUCCAACCUCUACACCAAAAUCCUCAUCCACAUCGACUCUCUCCAGGAAGAUUAUGGGCAAGUCGAUUUCGCGGCCUUGGAACAGCUCGAGAACCCGGACCUCCAUGUCGAUUCGGUUCGUAUGAUGAAUUUGUUCCACAAGAUUAGGGAAGUUGUGGCCUCUUUGGAGUGCCCUAAGAAAUUUACUCUUAAGGAUUUGAUAAAGCCUGACUCGGACCGGACUGAGUUGUUCCUCAGUGCGAUACUCAAUUUUUGUCUCCACAGAGACACCAAAAUGAACCUUCUGCGACCAAUUGUGGAAGAGCUGACCCUUCUUGAUGAACAACGACAAGAGUUGGAAGCUAGAAUAUCACAGUUGAAUGCAGAGAUCACAGAGUAUAAUGAAUCAAGAGAAAGGGAGAUGCCACUUGUUCAAGUAGUGGAUGCUAAAGUAAAAGAAUUGCGUCAGACUAUUCCAACACUUAACAAUCACCAAAUGUCCUUGAAGGCUUCAAUAAGAAAGAUGAAGGAGAAGGCUAAAGAAAUGGAUGAAGAGAUUUCUAGUGCAGAAUUUGCCUUGGUACAAAGUGUCCAAGAAAAUGCAAAUUUACGUUCUAAAAUUGUUCAAUCUCCGGAUAAACUACAGAGGACCUUGGAGGAGAAGAAAUCAAUUCGGGUCGAGGCAAAAGAUGCUGAAAGAGCUGCAAUGCAAUCUUUUCAGGAGAAGAGUGCCAUUCUUGAGAUUUACACCAAGGCUUCCAAGAAAAUGUCCAAGCACUUUGCUCGGAUGCAGGCUAUACAAGAACAGGUGAACUCUGCCAAAUCGAUUGAAAAAGAUGUUAAAGUUCUAAAAGUUAAGCUGAGUGAUGAAGUGGUGUUAGAAAGGUCACUUGAAGCCAAACUGGUUGAACGGCAAGGGAAAGCGGACCAGUUGGAUGACUUCAGAAAGCAAUUAGAAAAAGAAAGGAAUCUCAGUUGGGAAGAAGCUACUAAAGAAUUAAACAAUGUCAAGUUGGAAGUGGAAUCUCAGAGGCGUGAUCUUGAAUCGAGACAAAGUAAGGUUCAAGCUGUUGUUGCAGAGGUGGAUGACAUUACUGCAAAGAUUAAUUCAGUGAAGGAAUCUGGAGCAGCAAAACAGCAAGAGUUAGGCCAUAAAUCCGAAGAGAUUAAGAGUGAGUUUUACAAGUACUCGAACUCUAUUGGGCACUUGCUGCUGAGUGGAAUGGAGCAAGAAGUUGUUAAGGCAAGGAGCUGAUCCACAUGAACUUCAAACAGUAUACAAGUUCAAUGGUUUGGCAAUUGCACAAAGCAUCCUAUUGUAUGUUUCAUGUCUUACCACUCAUACAGCUUAUUUGAAGUCACCAUUAGCAAAAUCUUGCCUCUAUGAAUGCCUGAUGUUAAUAUUAUGUAGGUGAGGUUACACAUUUUUGUAUCUGCUUUGGCGAUUUAAAACAUUGGCUAGUUUAGUUUGGUUGAACUCAGAGUGAGCUUAGCUGAGUAAUCAGUGUUUUCUUCAUUUAAUCCUUCAUGUAUGUAUAGAGGAAGUUUGUGGUCAUUGUUCAUAAAUCUACUCUAUUGUAUGUAUAGAGGGAGAGAG